GGGGCGCCGCGCCGGGCGGGCGGCGGGGCCAUGCUGGGCAAGGACUACAUGCUGGCCAUCGUCCUGGUCAACUGCGACGACAACCUCUGGAGCGACCAGAGCCUGGAGACAGACCCUGACCUCCCCCCAGGCUGGAGGAAAAUCUGUGACUCUCUGGGUACCUAUUACUGGCAUGUGCCAACAGGCACGACACAGUGGCAGCACCCUGCACGCGGCACUGGCCCAGGAGGGCACACGGAGGCUGAUGGAGAUGAAACACUCCAAGGAAGGGAAUGCCAGGGCCUUGCAGCGAAGCACUCGGCAAAGGACCGGCCCAUUCCCAGCCCCAUGGCUUCGCUGUCCCGGAGGCACUCACUGUCCUGGCAUGGAGAUGACUUCCAGCACAGCGCAGAGCCUGGCUCCAAGUGCUUUGCUGUGCGCUCUCUGGGCUGGGUGGAGAUCCCCGAGGAGGACCUGGCACCUGGCAAGAGCAGCAUCGCCGUCAACAACUGCAUCCAGCAGCUCUCCAACAGCAAGGGCCAGGGCUCUGCGGAGAACCAGGGCGAGGGCCAGGACCUAGUGAUGAUUCUGAAGAAGGACACCAUGAGCCUGGUGGACCCCCUGGACCGCAGCCUCAUCCACCGCCAGCCCAUCCUCAACAUCCGUGUCUGGGGUGUUGGCUGCAACAACGGCAGGGACAGAGACUUCGCCUUUGUGGCCAGUGACAAGGACACCUGCGUCCUCAAGUGUCACGUCUUCCACUGCAAUGUGCCUGCCAAGGGCAUCGCCAAGGCUCUGCAUGAGAUGUGCUCCAAGAUCGUGGCCGAGCGAGCUGUAGCGAGCAGCAGGCUGCCCCGCGCCGCCACGCUGGAGCCCAUCUCCGCCGAGGACCUGCCACUGCAAGUGGAUAUCCUAGAAGCGGUGAGGCAGUCUAUGCAGACCUACGAGGCGCUGUACAUCGGCAGCCUGCCCGUGCCCAGGGCCAUGGGGAUGGAUGUGUUGAACGAGGCCAUCGAGAAGCUGACGAGGCGCCCUGGGCGGGAGAACUGGACGCCCUCCCUCAUCUACGUGUCUGACACGGCCAUGAGGGUGCACCCGGCGCAGGUGGGGAGGGAGCAGGGGGCCGUGGCCGGAGCGGGCACGGCGCUGCCCCCGGCAGAGCGGUCCUGGGGGGCGGCAGGGCUGCCCGGGCGGCGGCCAGGGGUGGAUGGGCCCGCGGGGUCCCCGCAGGAGCCCGAGGAGGCGGCGCACAUCUGGGAGUGCCAGGUGCGGUACGUGACCUUCCUGGGGGUGGGCCGGGACGCGCACACCUUCGCGCUCAUCGUGGACACGGGGCGACGCUUCCAGUGCGCGGCCUUCUGGUGCGAGCCCGACGCCGGCACCAUCUCGGAGGCGGUGCAGGCAGCGUGCAUGGUGCAGUACCAGAAGUGCCUCGUGGCCGCCGCGCCGGGGGCGAAGGCGAAGAGCUCGGCCGGCCGGAGCCGGGCCGGGCCGGCGGCCGCGGGGGACGCUGCCCGCGGGGCGGCCAAGGCGGGGGGGGGCGGCGGCGGGGCGGGGGCCGGGGCCCGCAAGCGGGGACUCUUCUCCUUCCUGGAGGUGUUCCGCCUCCGGCGGGCCCUCCUGCACAGCCCGUAGCGGGCCGGGCCGGGGCCGGGGC